AUGGCGAUCUCAUACGAGAUUCGAUCCGUUAGUUUCCCUACGACAUCGCAUCCGACCGCAGAUAAGAUCGAGAAAGAGCUUAACGACAUCAAAACAUGGGUACAGUCGUCACCACGUGAGCCGUCUACAGAAGCCAUUUUUGAUGGCGUAUUGAAGUUGUCGAGAUUGUAUGAAUGCAUGCAUGAGUUUUUCAAUUCGUUAUCCUCGACCCACAACGAGAAAUGGAUGGAAAAGCUGAUGGACGAUUUGGUUGAGUUCUUGGAUGUUUGUGGCAUCAUAAGAGAUCUCGUGUCGCAAAUCAAAGAGCAUAUUAGAGACCUGCAGUGUGCUUUACGAAGAAGAAAAGAAGAUUCAAGCCUUGAAACCUGUACUGCACGUUACAAUUGUUUCAGAAAAAAAGUUAAGAAAGAUGUGAAAGGAUUGAUUGGGAGGUUAACGCGAUCUGUAGCAGCGAAGUCUAAAGAUCAUGACCACCACCAUCACUGCAUGCACGAGGUGGUGGUCAGAAUGGUAAUGGAGGUUAGGGAAGUGACUGUUUCGGUGUUCCGGUCUCUCUUGACCCUUUUCAUCAUGCCAGAUUCAAGAACAUCAAAGGCAUGUAAAUGGUCUUUGGUGGUGUCGAAAUUGAUCCAGAAAACGAAAGUGGCGUGCGAAGAACACCAUUAUCAACAACAAGAACGAUACUGGAGUGCAACGAACGGUUUGAAAGGAUCGGACGCGGUGUUACUUCAUCGAUGCGUUAGAGACGGAUUGUCGUCAUGGUCAUAUGGUAAGUCUCGAUUGGAGAAGAUGGAAGGUCAGAUAGAAAGAAUGGAGGGUGGUUUGGAAUUAAUAUUUAGGAGAUUAAUUAGAACAAGGGCAUCUCUUUUGAACAUUGUUUCCCACUAUUGA